AAGGUUCAAAGUUUCUAUCCCCUUAUUUCCCCUUCCUUCCCCUUCCCUCACCUACUCCCAAACAGACCGAUAUCUACUGAUUCGGAAGUCAAAUGGGAGAUCUGCAUGCCCGUCGUCUCCUCCUCCUCCCUCUCCUUCUCUGCUUCUUCUUCUUCCUUGCGUGCUUGGCUCUUUCCUCUUCUCCCCACUACGAUGCAGAGGAGCUGCUGCGAUCGGCCAAUGAGGAGAAGGAAUGGCUGGUCUCCAUCCGGCGGCGGAUCCACGAGCAACCCGAACUCCGCUUCCAGGAGCAUAACACCAGCGCCUUUAUCCGGUUCCACCUCGACCGCCUCGGCAUACCUUACUCCUUCCCUUACGCUCGCACCGGCGUGCUCGCCCAGAUUGGCUCCGGUGACCCGCCAAUCGUCGCCCUCCGCGCUGAUAUGGACGCCCUCCCCCUUCAGGAAAUGGUGGAGUGGGAGCACAAAAGCAAGAACGACGGUGUGAUGCAUGCUUGUGGACAUGAUGCUCAUGUGACGAUGCUUCUUGGUGCAGCAAAAUUGCUGAAUCAACGAAAGAACAUACUUCGGGGGACAGUGAGACUUCUUUUUCAACCUGCAGAAGAGGGUGGUGCAGGUGCUUUUCACAUGAUCAAGGAAGGUGCUCUAGAUGGCAUAGAAGCUAUCUUUGCUAUGCAUGUUGAUUACAGGUUGCCUACAGGUAGUAUUAGCUCAAUUCCAGGGCCUAGUCAAGCUGCUGUGUGCGUCUUUGAAGCCAAAAUAGAAGGUAGAGGGGGAGAUGCUGCAAAACCUCAUUUAAAUGUGGAUCCACUUAUUGCUGCAGCGUUUGCUAUUCUUUCAAUGCAACAGCUCAUCUCCAGAGAAGAUGACCCUCUGCAUAGUCAAGUAUUGUCUGUUACAUAUGUCAAGGGUGGUAGCUCAUUCAAUGAAACACCUCCGAUUGUCGAAUUUGGGGGUACUCUGAGAAGUAUAACCACUGAAGGCCUGCAAAGGCUUCAGAGAAGGGUAAAAGAGGUGAUAGAAGGCCAGGCAGCUGUACAACGAUGUAAGGCAGUUAUUAGCAUGCUAGCGGAGGAAUACCCAAUCUAUCCAGCUGUAGUGAAUGAUGAAGAGUUGAAUGAUCAUCUACAGCAGGUUGGUGCCCUUCUACUUGGUCAAGAUAAGGUAAAGAUGGGAGGAAAAAUCAUGGCUGGUGAAGACUUUGCAUUCUACCAACAGUUGAUCCCAGGUGUUAUGUUUGGCAUUGGAAUGAGAAAUGAGAGAGCUGGUUCAGUCUAUCCUCCUCACUCCCCUCAUUUUUUCCUUGAUGAAGAAGUCCUUCCAAUUGGGGCAGCAUUACAUACUGCAAUUGUUGAAUUGUACUUAAAUCAGCGAUGCAUGGAAGUUUGAAUGCCAGAAUGAAGUACAUAGAAUAAGCUACAUCAGUUUACUGAAAGCGCACGCAUAAGAAUGAUCAUAGUUGAUUCCUUGAACUAUGUGCUCCAUCAGUUAUGUGCUGCAGAUAGUGCAGAAUGACAAAAUGAGUAAACAAGACCAGUAGUUCUUCUAUGUUGUUAAGCUUUUACUCCAUGAUUAUAAAGUCCAUACUUCUGCUUGGAACAGCAAUUGUUAAAAAGACUAUAUUGGAAAUAUUAAGGUUGUCAGUGGCAAGUUUAAUCA